AUGUGUUCAGAGUCUACAUUUAGAGUGUGCUCAGCUGGUUCAUCCCUCAAUUCCUCAUGUCUCCUUUUAUACCCGAUACAGAACGAGAUCACUACAGUGGAGGGCGUGCAGCAUCCCAACAUUGUGAGGCUGCUGGCGUGCUGCACGGAGAAGGUCAAGGCGCUGGUAUACGAGUUCAUCCCCAUGGGCGAUGUCGACGCAUGGCUUGCAAAAUGUGCGUACGCUCGUGGUUCGGAUGGCAAGGCAAAGUUUUCCUGGGCUGACCGGAUGAAAGUGAUUAUGGGAACAGCUGAGGCAAUGACGUUCAUCCACAAGCAGCGGUUCAUUCACCGGGACUUUAAGUCCAGCAAUGUGCUUCUAACGGAAGACUUCACACCGAAGGUGGCUGAUUUUGGUCUGGCCAAGGGCAUAGAGGACUGGAAAACGCAUGUCACAACACGAGUCAUGGGCUCCAUGGGGUACAUCGAUCCCACAUACUUUGAGUCAGGUCACUUGUGUGACAAGAGUGACGUGUUCGCUUUCGGCCUGUUCAUGGUUGAGAUUCUCGCGGGCAAGUCGGUUCUUCGGCAAGGUUUUGCGGAAGACAUUAAGGCGUGGUUAUACGAGGCGGAUGCUCCCACCGCUGCGGAUAUGAUGGACCUCGCAAUUAUCAACGAGGCAAACAAGACGGAAGCGAGCGCCAUCGCGAUAAUUGCCAAGCAGUCGACAGCCAGGGAGUGGGCUGAUCGUCCAACCAUGGAGGAGGUUUUGGAAGUGCUGAAAGUGGCAAUCAAACUACCAGUACCUAAUGAUGAGCCUAAAAAGACGUCAAACUACCCGGUGAAGAGGGCGGUGGGGGCGGGGUUCCCGGAGUACACAUACGAUGAGAUGAUGCUCAUCACCGACCGCCUCAAGAAGCCCAUCGGCCAGGGCGGCUUCGGGACGUCAAACUACCCGGUGAAGAGGGCGGUGGGGGCGGGGUUCCCGGAGUACACAUACGAUGAGAUGAUGCUCAUCACCGACCGCCUCAAGAAGCCCAUCGGCCAGGGCGGCUUCGGGGUCGUGUACAAGGGCUACCUGCAGGACCCUGCAGCAGUAGCAGCAGCAGCAGCAGCAGCAGCGGCAGCGGUGGGUGGUGGUGGUGAGGGGCAAGGAGGGGCUGAAGCGGCGGAGCAGGUUUUGGUGGCUGUGGCGGUGAAGGUGUUGGAUAACGAGGACGUGGAGCUUAAAGACGACGAGCAGUUCCAUGCGGAGCUGAUGGCAAUGGAGCAGCUGUCGCACCCCACCAUCCUGUCGCUGUACGGCUAUGUGGCCAAGCCCACGCCUGCGCUCAUCUACGAGUUCAUCACCAACGGCAACGCAGAGGCGUAUCUUAGACGAGCGGUGCAAGGCAAGGCGGAGUUUUCCUGGAAGGCGCGGCUGCGGGUAGCUCUGAUGUGCGCGGAGGCGCUGCAAGUGAUGCACAGCCACAACUACGUGCACCGCGACUUCAAGGCUUCUAACGUGCUGCUGCGUGAGGACCUGACGCCAGUGUUGGCGGACUUUGGCUUGGCACGCACAGUAAACAACUGGCAGAGCCACGUCACCACGCGGGUCAUGGGCUCCACGGGUUACAUCGACCCCGUCUACUUCGAGUCUGGUCAUCUGAACGCCAAGUGUGACACGUAUGCGUUUGGGAUCUUCCUCCUCGAGCUUGUAACAGGCAUGUUGGUCACUGACAAAAACUUUGAGGCCUUGCGAAUGACCCUUGCCACAGGGGCUGACCUGCCCGAAGCGGACAAAGCGACAGCGUACAGCGUGAGGGACCGGCUGAUUGAGAGCUGGAACGACACGCAGCAGUACUUCAAGGACCAGGACUCCAAGCGCGUCUACUACCUCUCCAUGGAGUUCCUCAUGGGGCGGUCGCUACUGAACAGCAUCUUCAAUUUGGGCAUGAAGGACCAGUACGUGGAGGCGCUGGGGCAGCUGGGGUACAAGCUCGAGGUGCUGGCGGAGCAGGAGAGGGAUGCUGCUCUCGGCAAUGGUGGCCUCGGCCGCCUGGCAGCCUGUGUGCUCGACAGCAUGGCCACACUCAAUUACCCUGGAUGGGGCUACGGCAUCCGCUACCAGUAUGGCAUGUUCAGGCAGACGCUGCAGGACGGCUUUCAGCACGAGCAGCCGGACUACUGGCUGACGUUUGGCAAUCCGUGGGAGAUAGAGCGUGUGUUUGUGACGUACCCUGUGCGCUUCUACGGCACUGUUGAGUCAUACACCGAGGCCGGCCACCCCCGCAAGCGAUGGGUCGAGGGAGAAACGGUGGAGGCAGUGGCGUACGACAACCCAAUCCCAGGUUACCACACCAACAACACCAUUAACCUGCGCCUCUGGGGCGCAAAGCCCAGUGGCGAGUUCGACCUGCAAAGCUUCAACACAGGGGACUACGUGAACGCGAUUCUGAGCAAGCAGAAAGCCGAAGCCAUCAGCAGCGUUCUCUAUCCCGACGACCGCACGUACCAGGGCAAGGAGCUGCGCCUCAAGCAGCAGCACUUCUUCGUGUCCGCCACCAUGCAAGACGUGGUGCGGCGCUACAAGGAGGAGCACACCACGUUCGACGAGUUCAAGGACAAGGUGGCGCUGCAGCUGAACGACACGCACCCGGUGCUGGCGCUGGUGGAGCUGAUGCGCCUGCUGGUGGAUGAGGAGGGGCUGGAGUGGGGGUACGCGUGGAACAUCACCUCGCACACCUUCUCCUACACCAACCACACCGUGCUGCCCGAGGCGCUGGAGAAAUGGCCUGUGGAGAUCUUAGAGGCGCUGCUGCCGCGCCACCUGGAGAUCAUGUACGAGAUCAACCACAACUUCAUCGUGGACCUGAAGAAGCGCAUCGGCAAUGACUACGACCGCCUCUCCCGCAUGUCCAUCAUUGAGGAGGGCGCGCACAAGAGCAUCCGCAUGGCAACGCUAGCGGUGGUGACGUGCCAUACCAUCAAUGGCGUGUCUCAAAUCCACACAGACCUCAUCCAGAACACGCUCUUCAAGGACUUCUAUGACAUCUGGCCACACAAGUUCCAGAACAAGACAAACGGUGUCACCCAGCGUCGGUGGCUGGCGUUCUGCAACCCGGGGCUGGCGGGGAUCCUGACGCAGUGGCUGGGCACGGAGUCAUGGAUCACGAACCUGGACCUGGUGGCGGGGCUCAAGGAGCACGUGGACGACCCACUGCUGCAGACACAGUGGAUGCAGGUUCGCAGGCAGAACAAGGCUCGCCUGGCAGCAUACAUAGAGGGGAUUUCAGGGAUCAAGGUGAGCAUCGACGCCAUGUUUGACGUGCAGGUGAAGCGCAUCCACGAGUACAAGCGCCAGCUGCUCAACGUUAUGAGCAUCAUCCACCGCUACGACUGCAUCAAGAAGAUGAGUCCUGAGGAUCGCAAGCGGGUGGUGCCGCGGGUGUGUCUGCUGGGCGGCAAGGCAGCGCCGGGGUACGACCUCGCGAAGAAGAUUGUGAAGCUCAUCAGCGCCGUUAGCGAAGUGAUCAACAACGACGAGGACGUGGGCGACCUGCUCAAGCUGGACGUGGACGACCUGCUCAAGCUG